AUGGAUACAACAAUAACCCAACAGCCAGGCAGUUCAGAACUUGUCAUAAAUGUAAAUAAUGUACAGCUGACAAACAGUGGACAUUGCAUACCCUUAGAGAGUAUUGAUAUUCUUCACUAUUCUAGUAGUGACCCCAUUAAAGUUAUUAAUGAAAGUACAACAAAUAUUAAUUCUGAUCCUACAUAUUUGAAAGAUAACUUAAAAACAGCUGAAAGUUUCAUUAAUGAUCAUGAUUAUAUAGUCACUCAGAAUACUUUUGAAUUUAGUAAUUUUACUAAAGAAAUAAUUAUAUAUAUUUCAGGAUUUUUGGUACAUAAAUUAGCUUCAACUCUUCAAUGUGAAACUUGUGUAAAAGCAUAA